UGACACAGACUCUCUACUUAGUGCAUUGGAGAGAGGACUGAGGCUCACACUAUCAGCACAGCUUCUCAAUGGGGGGACGGAGCCAAGAGCAGACAGAGCAGUCAUUCCACUGGAGCCUUCCGCUGCACGCGUGAGAAGAAGAAGAGCAGUGAGGAGGUAAAAUAACUCCCUGUCACCACCACCAGGACUUCUGCUGACAGAGAACAGAGACAGGAGGAAGAAGGAAAUGAGAAGAGAGCUGCUCGUCUGCGGUUGAUACAGCAGUGACAUGAUCAGCUUUCCAUCCCCUAAAUAUUGGCUAGUUUGUCACACGGACUCCUGGGUGUUUUGCUUUUGGUGAGUGUUGGUGCUCUCAAGGAUUUCAAAGGAACUGAGUCGGAGGGGCGCCAGGGGAGGGAAUAUUGACAAAAGGGCAGCAUUUAGCCCCUUUGUGCUGUGCUCGCUUAUUUGGUGCUGGAAUUCUGGGCGGGAAUCCCUGGUUUCAAAGUAUGGAUGGAUUUAAGACAGAGGACUGACUCUGCUGGACAGGCAGUGAUACUGACUGAGCUCCCUUUCUUCUGAACACACUGCUCAGACUUGGCCCCUGCCAUGUCCUGGUUGUUGGCCAUGUGGAUUAGCCUGGGCUUCCUGCUGUUGUGCCAGGCCACGCUCUACCAGACCAUCCAGCAGCACCACGUGGCCCGACCUGGUCGCACCGACAUUCUUACCCUGGAGGGCGGUACGUGUGAAGUGAUCGCUGCCCACCGGUGCUGUAACAAGAACCGCAUCGAGGAGCGUUCGCAGACAGUCAAGUGCUCCUGUUUACCGGGGAAAGUAGCCGGAACAACACGCAACAAACCCUCCUGUGUUGACGCGUCCAUUGUGAUUGGGAAGUGGUGGUGUGAGAUGGAGCCGUGUCUGGAGGGAGAGGAGUGUAAGACUCUGCCUGACAACUCUGGAUGGAUGUGCUCCUCUGGGAACAAGAUCAAGACCACGAGGAACACCCAGCCAUACUCCCCUUUUUAGCUUCCGGAAGCAAAAUGCAGAGGAUGCUUCAACAGAAAUUGAGCUGCAUUCUUGCUUCUGUAAAGAUUCAUCCCAGGACCUAACAGAGAGCUCCCCUUGCAGGGCUGCGUGCCAGGCUCUUCCCCUCCUCUAGCCCUUCUCUUCCUACCGAAUGGACUAAAACUAUUACAUCCACGGCCACUGACUGGAUUACCUGGGACCGCAGAAAGGAUAUCCGCCCAGAUAAAACAGCUUUGCUCGCGUGGUGCUGAGGAUUUGAAACCAGACUAAUCCCCUUUUUGAUCAAUGAGCCCCAUGUUGGUGACUCUCCUCUUCUACAACAGCCGUGGCCAGUUUCCUACCUACCUUCUCUCUUUCUCCCUCCCUCUCUCCCUCAAAACUGAAACAGCUUAGCAGGGGUUAUUUAGAGGUUGUAAAAACAUUAUUUUGGAGACAUUCACCCCCAAGAGCCCAAAGGUAAACUGGUUGAGAAGCUUACAUGGAUCUGAAUGUGGGAUCCAACAGAACGGGGGGCACAUGGGAGGGAAAUUACCUGGAUAUCUUUUUUUUCCUCCUCAUCUGUAUGGAAGGCAUUUAUAUUUGAAGCGCCGCUCUGGCAGGCUGGCUUUGCUGUGAUGACAAGAGGGAGACUUAGUUGGAAAAACACUGUGGAUUUACAGUGAUUAUAACCGCUGGCAGCCUAGUAUUGAGUUAAUGAACACUCUCAAAGAGGCCACUGGAUCCAGCUUCAUGGCCUCAGCCUCAUCCUCCAUAACUGACAUGUCAAUUUGACUUUUAUUUGUGGGCAUGCCCUAUGUAAAUUCAUGAGCACUUCAUUUCUUUGUACGUAAGAUACUUUGUGUAUAUAUACAUAUAUAAUUACAGUACAUAUAAGAAAAGAGAGUCAUGGAGCUAAAAAUUCUCUCAAGGACUAUAAGGAGCUUGAGCCCCAUGGUGAAAUAAUUGUCUGGCCCCUGAAUAUUAAGUACAGUAAAUAGCUACCCAGAGGCUGUUGUUCUAGCCCCGCUGUGUAUAUGACUGCUCUGCAGUGUUUGCUUGCAUUGAGUUUCUUGGAGUUUCCCGGCCACAUUGGAGUCAUAAAUAUAAGUAUUGGUCACUCUCCUCAUUCAGCAAUGUCCUUGGUUAAGCAACAAAAUGCUUGUAGUCUUUGUAAUGAUGAAAACACUGUACAGAACUGCCUCACAAAAGAAAGCAGCAUCAACAAAACCCCAGAGCUUUCCACUCAAGUAUUGACCUAGAACAACAGCAGUACAACUUGGACGAUAAUCAGACAGUUACUGUCUAUUCUGACACUCUUCUCUGUUGUGUGUCAGCUGUGGAGAAUGGUUGUGGACAUCUACUCGGCUGUGCUUGUCAUGUAGAUCUCUCUCACAGACCAGAGAGAAAGAAUUGAGAUGAUUUAUUCAAAAUGACACUGAAACAAUAUUAGUCAGACUGGAGAAACAUGCAGUUAUCCCCCGGUAGAUAUAAGUACAUUACAGGUCAGCCUUAUGAGAAAUAAAAAGGGUUUUCUAUACUGA